UUGCUGACUACCUGACAGUUAACUUGCUCACCUUAUGCCGUCGCUCGACUCACUGCCUCUUCAGGGUCAAGAUAUCCUCAGAACUGUAUCCAGCUCGGGAUGGAGGUGGGUUGAGGUCACACUGCCCCAUAUAUCUCAAGUUCAUCACAGUAGUGCAGAAUUCUUCCCAAAGAGCAAAUGAAGCACGCUGCAAGCCGUGUGUGUGUGUAGUGUGAGCGAGAGUCAUUGGUGUAUGUGUGGGUGUGUGGAGAGAGAGAGAGAGACACAUAGACUGAGCCCCUAACACGGAGCAUGCCUCUGCGUCCGGCAGCCGGCAAACAUGAGCCACCCAGCCCUCCAUGGCAGGACCAGCAGCAGCAGCAGCAGCACACACACACCCACUCACACACACUCACACACCCUUACACACACACAGCAAACGGCAGCCAGGGGGCCAGCACUGACAGCAGCAGCUCCCGGGAAGAGGACAGCGGCGCUCCUGUUCCUGUCGGUGUUCCGGCUUUCUGUCCCGGUGCACAGCGGAGUCACAGUGCAAGAGCACCCAUGGAGGAACCCACAGGCAAUACUGUGGUCAUCCGCAUUGGUAUCCCAGACCUACAACAGACGAAAUGUAUGAAAUUCAAUGUGGACGCUCCUAUCUGGCUGUCCAAGCAGCGGAUCCUGUGCACUCUCAACCAGAGCCUGAAGGACGUACUCAACUAUGGCCUGUUCCAGCCGGCUUACAAUGGCAAGGCUGGCAAAUUUCUGGAUGAGGAGAGACAGCUAAGGGAAUACCCCUUUCCAUCCAUUGCUCCUGUACCUUACCUGGAGUUCCGCUAUAAAAGACGUGUGUACACACAGACUCACCUGGAUGAAAAGCAACUCUCAAAGCUCCACACCAAGGCAAACCUGAAGAAGUUCAUGGAGUAUGUGCAGCAUAGGAACACUGAAAAGGUUUCAAGGUUCCUGGAAAAAGGCCUGGACCCCAACUUCCAUGAUCCAGACACGGGAGAGAGUCCUUUAACGCUGGCAGCACAGCUGGAGGGAUGUGCCGAGCUCAUCAAGGUGCUGAAGAGUGGAGGAGCUCAUCUGGACUUCAGAACAAAAGAUGGCAUUACUGCCCUACACAAGGCUGUGCGAAGCAAGAACCAUACAGCGCUCAUCACGCUGUUGGACUUGGGUGCAUCACCUGACUAUAAAGACAGUAGGGGGUUGACUCCUCUCUACCACAGCUCGAUGGUAGGAGGAGACCCCUACUGCUGUGAGCUGCUGCUGCAUGAUCAUGCACAGGUCGGCUGCGUGGAUGAGAAUGGCUGGCAGGAGAUACACCAGGCAUGCCGCUAUGGCCAUGUGCAACACCUGGAACACCUGCUGUUCUACGGGGCUGACAUGAGCGCACAGAAUGCAUCUGGAAACACCGCGCUGCACGUGUGUGCUCUCUACAACCAGGAUAGCUGUGCACGAGUUCUCCUGUUUCGAGGGGCCAAUAAAGAGAUGAAGAACUACAACAGCCAAACCGCCUUUCAGGUGGCUAUUAUAGCAGGAAACUUUGAUUUGGCUGAAAUCAUAAAGGUCCACAAAUCAUCAGAUGUUGUACCUUUCAGAGAGACCCCCUCCUACACCAGCCGUCGACGUGUGAUUGCUGGCCCCCUGCCCUCGCCACGUUCCUUGCUCCGCUCUGCGAGUGACAACAACCUGAACGGGGACCACGAUCACAUCCACGGUCAGGCCCCCCGAGAAAUUCGUGGCCGUCAGGGUCACUCCCCUGUCCCCUCACUACGCAGUCUGCCAGCUCUCGGGCAGCAGCAGCAGCACAGCAGCCUCGGAGAGAGCCGUCAUGGUGAGAUGCCUGACAGCAGUAUCCAGAGUACCGGCAGCUCUAGAUCCUCCCAUUCACGCUCGCCUUCACUACAUCACAUGCAUGAAGAGGACAGGCCGAUUCCCAGAAGGUCCCACAGCCAUGGCUACCCUCACGGACACGGCCCUCGUGGAAGACUCAGCCCCGGCUCAGUGCAGAGGGAUCCAAGCCCUCCUCAUCACACCCCUCCAGCGCUGACAGGCCCCCGUGGGCCCAAACGGAAACUCUACAGUGCCGUCCCAGGACGUACCUUCAUCGUGGUCAAGCCCUACACGCCACAGGGGGAGGGAGAAAUCCAACUCAACCGUGGAGAGAGGGUUAAAGACUAUGACUGUAAUGACGUAGAAGUGCUGAGUAUAGGUGAAGGAGGUUUCUGGGAAGGCACAGUCAAAGGACGGACAGGAUGGUUCCCAGCAGACUGUGUGGAAGAAGUUCAGAUGAGGCAGUUCGAUCCACGACUGGAGACUCGGGAGGACCGCACCAAGAGACUGUUCAGACACUACACUGUGGGAUCCUACGAUAACUUCACCUCAUACAGUGACUAUAUCAUAGAGGAGAAGAAUGCUGUUUUACAGAAAAAAGAAAAUGAGGGGUUUGGUUUUGUCUUGCGUGGAGCCAAAGCUGAGACGCCCAUUGAAGAGUUCACCCCGACCCCAGCGUUUCCUGCCCUGCAGUACCUGGAGUCUGUGGAUGUGGAGGGAGUGGCCUGGAGGGCCUGUCUGAGGACAGGAGACUUCCUCAUUGAGGUAAACGGGGUAAAUGUAGUGAAGGUGGGCCAUAAGCAGGUGGUGUCCUUGAUCCGACAAGGGGGCAACCGGCUGCUGAUGAAGGUGGUGUCUGUCACACGCAAACCUGAGUCCGAGGAAGUCAUUCGCAAGAAAGCUCCCCCACCACCCAAGAGAGCUCCCAGCACCACCCUGACACUGCGCUCCAAGUCCAUGACCGCUGAGCUCGAAGAACUGGCUUCUGCUCGGAGGAGGAGAGGAGAGAGACUAGAUGAGAUGUUGGCAUCGCAGGAGUCUAUCUUACGUUCUCAGCCCCCGGAGGCGGAUUACAGAGCAGCCACUGUCAAACAACGGCCUACCAGCAGGAGAAUAACACCAGCAGAGAUCAGUUCACUGUUUGAGAGACAAGGGAUGACUCUACAUGGAGGUCUUCACCCGGGCAUUGAGAGAGGUCACAUACCACUACCAAAGGGGAUGUCCAGGACCAAGUCUUUUGGUGCCACUGAGGAGGAUCGGCUGUCUGCCCUUGCAGACGAGCACCGUUUUCCCCGUAGUUCCUCUAUGACAGACAGCCUCCGAGACCACUCGCAGCCCCAUCCCAUCCCUCCACCCCCACAAACAGCACCGCCUCCUCCUCCCUACUACCUAGACACUGGUCCUCCCCCAGCCUUUUGCCCCCCUCCUCCCCCAUCUAGGACCCAGAGUCAGGGCCACGAGCAUGGAGGACGCUCCAGCUUCAAGCCCUCCUCCUUGGACCUGCCUUACGAGGCCGCUCAGCGGCAGGCCACACACAUUGAAAGACAGAAAAAAGCCCGCUCCAUGAUCAUCCUCCAGGACUCUUCCCAUCUGCCUGUAGAGCCUACAGAAAUCCCCCGACCCUCUGCUGCUACUCCACCUGAGCGCAUCAAAAGGAAGGGUCGGGUUAUUGACAACCCUUAUGCUAAUGUGGGUCAAUUUAGCAUCGGACUGUACACACCUACCAAGCCCCAGAGGAAGAAAAGUCCCUUGGUAAAACAACUGCAGGUGGAAGAUGCACAAGAAAAAGCUUGUUUGGCCUUAGCUGCUGCCCAUUCCCGAGACAGCUCACCCUCAGGACGACACCCACAUCCCCAUGGGCACACACACACCAGCCGUGCGGACUACUACCAGCAGCAGCUGAUGGCGGAACGAGAGCGCAUGCGUGUCCAGGGAGAGAUGAUGUUUCAUGGUAAGGGCCCCUUUGCUGCUGCAAUUGCUGGAGCAGUGAAAGAUCGUGAGCGUCGCCUAGAAGAACGGAGGAAAUCCACAGUCUUCCUUUCUGUUGGGACCAUGGAGGGGGCGUCUCCCACCAGCUCUGACGCCCCCUCUUUGACUCAAUCUCACUCCGUCGAUGAGCGGAUGCUCACCAGAGAGCUGGGACAAUUGCCUCCCCCUGCCUUGGCACUGAGCCCCUCACCUAGUGGGACCACCUUCAUCCAUCCUCUCACAGGAAAGCCCCUGGACCCCAACUCGCCACUGGCUCUUGCGCUGGCCGCAAGGGAGAGGGCACUGACCUCCCAGUCCCCAACUAGCAGCCCAGAGCCUAGGACUAAACAGGAGCGUGCAGGCCAAGGCAUAAUAUUCAUUGACACUCAGACCAAAGAGUCUCCACAUGAAGGGGGACCCACAUCUCCCCCUUUCUCUCCUAAAAGCACCAAGGCAGUGGCGUAUGGAGUUGGAUCCUCCCCGGCAUCAGUUUUAGUUCCCCAGCCCACCAAACAGUGGGCCGCAUCACCGUCACCUGUAUCGUUCCGGCAGGAGAUGGAGGCCAGAGUAGAGGAGAGGAAGGAGGAGAAGAGACUAGAGGAUAAAAAAAGCAUGUUGAUCAGUAUUAUGGAUACGUCGCAGCAGAAAACAGCAGGGCUCAUUAUGGUUCAUGCUACCAGUAAUGGCCAGGCUGUUGGGGUCGGUUCAGAACUAGAGCAGACCUCUGCCGCGGCGUCCAAGGAGCCCAGUAAAUCUCCAAGUCCACGGGCAAAAUCCCCCAGUCCCGCAGUUUCCCAGCCCCAGACCCUGCCUCAAACUCAGCGUCCUGCCAGUCCAGCCCUAGAGAAGAGUCUGACUCAGGGAAGCUCGGAGGAGGAUGUUGACCCGUACACAGUGACCCUGCCCCCUGUAAUGUUGUCCUCCAGCGACGAGGAGACAAGAGAAGACCUGCGUAAGAUUGGAGUCGUUCCACCACCGGAUGAGUUUGCUAAUGGGCUGCUGGCACAGGCAAAGGAGACGCCGGUGUCCCCAACCAAACCUGCCACCUCUCCCAUAGUCCUUCCAACACCAACAUCCCAAACACCCUCUACCCCAAAAACACAAAUUGUGACCCCCACUCAGCCUCAGCCUCCCCAGCCACCACCUCCACCCAGUGCAGCAGCUGUCUCAGGGAAGCCCUCUGACCCUCUGGAGCCCCCACCGGUGAGCGAGUCUGGCUCUGCGGCUGACUCGGGCGUGGAGGAGGCUGACACACGCAGCUCCAGUGACAGAGAGCGAGACCACCAUCUCGAGACCACCAGCACCGUCUCCACAGUUUCCAGCAUGUCCACGUUGUCCUCAGAAAGCGGCGAACCUGCCGACACACACACCACGCACACCUCUUAUGCCGACGGGCAGACUUUUGUGCUCGACAAGCCGCCAGUGCCUCCUAAGCCCCGACUCAAGUCCCAGAUAGGAGGCAGUAAAGGCCCAGUCACCUUCAGGGACCCUCUGCUGAAGCAGAGCUCUGACAGCGAGCUGCUGUCACAGCAACAGGCUGCUGCCCUUGCUGCUGCUGCGGCUGGAGGAGCUGGGCUCCCCUUAGGUGGUUCAGCCUCAGUGACUGGACUGGCCCCUACCAAGCCGCGCUACCUCUUCCAGCGGAGGUCCAAGCUGUGGGGGGACCCAGUGGAGCCACGUGGGCCAGGAGUGGGGCUAGGUAUUGGGAGUUUGGGCAAUCUUGGUGGGCUCGGACUGGGGAUGGGUGCAGAUGAGGGAGCAAAACCAUCUGUCAUGGGGGAGCUCAGUUCACGACUACAGCAGCUAAAUAAAGACACAAGGUCACUGGGAGAGGAGCCACUGGGGGCAUCACUUGACCCAGGCAGGAAGUCACCUGUGGCAGGUGCCAGACUUUUCAGCAGCCUAGGCGAGCUCCACACCAUUUCUCAAAGAAGUUACGGCACCACAUUCACCAUUCGCCCUGGCAGCCGUUACCCCGUCACCAGACGCACCCCCAGCCCCGGUUCAGGCUCCCCUGAUCGGGGCGACCCCCUAGGACGAUUUUCAGGCUUCGGCCUACCGCCCUCACCGACUACACCACCGCAAACCAUCCUCAAGUCCUCAAGCCUCAGCCUACCCCAGGAGCCCAAGGAGGUCCGCUUCGUAAUGAGGAGCUCCAGCGCCCGUUCCCGCUCUCGCUCCCCUUCCCCAUCACCCUCCCAUUCACCGGGGAUGGGGUCCCCGCUGUUAGCCCUGCGGCCCUUCCACCAAAAGCCCCUCCACCUCUGGAACAAGUACGACGUCGGAGACUGGCUGGAGAGCAUCAACCUGGGUGAGCACAGAGCAGGUUUUCAGGAACACGAGAUCGAAGGCUCUCAUCUCCCAGCUCUAACCAAGGACGACUUUGCAGAACUGGGAGUGACACGAGUUGGCCACCGCAUGAACAUUGAACGGGCAUUAAAAAUGCUGCUGGAGAGCUGACCCCUGCCCGGGGACAGCAACAGUUAGAGAGGGGGAUGAGGAGAGACCGGGGAGGAUAUAGAGUUGGUGAGAAAGAAAAAGGGAACAGAUGGGUACCACUCCUCUUUUACUCUGGAUGCUUUUUAUUUUCUGCAUCACAAAUGUUUACUUGUGGUCCUCAGUGACUCUUUCCUCCCCAUUCCGCAUCGAUACCCUGCACCUGGCACUGCACUGAAGAGGAGGAGUCAAUACUUUGAUCCCGCUCUACUCGGCCUGUAGUCUCUGCCCACCUCCUUUACCUGCAGCCAGCUAGAUCGGACUUCAAAAUUGGCUCUAGUGUUUCUUUGCCGAGGAGAAUUACAUGAGCUCCAAUUACACAUUUGAUCUGUGAAAACUUCCCUUGGUCCCUUAGUAAACACCCACACUUCCUCUGUCACUGUUCCCUCCUCUCCUUCGCUACCUCUGUCCCGCCAUCUAUCUGGCCUCUGAAAGCCUUUUGCAGUUUGAGUAAAGGAGGAGGAGGAAGAAUCUUUGAUCCAAACAGAAAGCUCAGUUGCCUUUCAAAUUAUUUAUACAGAGAUCAACAGUGAUGAACACAGAACUAAGGACAUAGUGCUGACACAGCUCUGAGAAGGUGUGUCGUCUCUAAACCUGCUGUUGUUUUUAAACCGAAGACUUUGGAGCUCCACAAAGUGAACCACGGGAGAAACCCCCUCCGCCUUGGUACCCAGACUGUGCUAUCUAUUAUAUUUGGAGAAUGUUUAACCAACACUCGUGGCUUUUUUCAUAAUCAAUUUUUCGGUUUUCCAAAGGGAAUAUUAUAUAUAGGUAUUAUAUAAUAUGAUAUAUAUGUAUCUAAAUAUAGCUUUCAGAAGAAAAGACAAUGUUGCAAAGAGGAAAUGUAAUAAAUUAAUCUUCGCCUGUUUUUGUUUUUUAGUAUAGAGGGCAAAGAGAAAUCUUUAAAUUUAUUCCACCAAUAGUUUACUCAUUUUUACCAAUUAUAUACAUAUAUAUUAAAAAAAUGAUAUAUAUAUUUGAAAGAAAAAAGUAUAUAGAUAUGGAAAUGAAAUUUUUUGUCACAGGUAUACAACUUUCCUUAUGGUCACCCUUUCUUGAACUGUAGCAUGACGAGUUGCAUCAUGGUCUUGAACAGAGAGUCUGUUGUUUGUUUUUAUUUUCUUACAGUCUUCCUUCAUACUAAAGGGCAUCCCGUAAUGUGAGGCUGAGACCCCGGGGUCACGCCCAUCCCUGCUGCUUCGCUACAGAUCUGACCUGCGUCUCGGAUUUAUCCACCAAGUGAGACAGCAGGUUGGACAAGGGGGGGGGGGAGUUUAGGGAAACUAGCGUGGCUGUUUUAAAACCAUCCAUUUAAAUUCUUACCUUCCAUCCCUGUAACACCUGAGGAAGCAUCUGGCAGCUCAGGAAAAGGAAACAUUGGGGGUUUUGUCAUCACCAGUAGAGCGGAAAUGACCGUACGGCAGAUAUCUUAUUGAGAUAUUACCAAUUGUAUGAACCAAAUUAAUCUUCCUCAAAUGAAAUUUACUUGGGAGUAUAACCAUCAAAAACGUGUGGUACAAGGGCUCCACAACGAGCUCGAACAUACAUCGUGUCUUUCUGAAAUGAGACUGCGGGGACCGUGUCUGUAGCGCGUCAGGCUGUGGGGAUGGGAGAACCUCUUUAGGGUCUAAAGGAAAAUUCAGUUUUAUUUACAACCUGGCAGUGUCUUGCAACAUCGCUGCUUUCCUGUAUCUCUGCAAUUUACUAAGUGAGUAAAAUAUUAUCAUUAACAGUGGCAGCCAGAACUCUCAAAAUAAGACCCGGGUUGUAAAUUCAAAAACAAACAAACAAAAAUAAACAGAAUUUUCCUUUAACAAUAUAAAAUCUAUAAUUGUACUCAUGAGUAGCUUCUGCUGGCAGUGAGAAACAGUGAGUUUUAUUCACCCAACGAAAAAAAAAAGCAUUUUAUCCAUAGCUUUUCUCUUUUACCACAAACGAAAAAAACCUCCAUGCAUCAGCAGUAUGCCAAGACGGAUUCACUUGGCGAUAAGUUGUGUACAUUUUUUUUCUUUUCUUUUUUGCUAAGUUUGUAAAAGCAGAUGGCAAAUAUGAAGUUGUGUCUGGGUUGUAGGAAUAGCACUCACUGCCUCACUGUGACCUCACUGAUUAUUUUACGUCUGAUUCCACUGUUAUGUCCACAAACUCAUUUGGACUUUUUGUGUUAGGGGUUCUUUUUUUAAUUAUUCUUUUUUCUCUUCCUGUUUUGUUCUUUAUUUGUUGCCCUCAGACACUGUGGGUAAAUUUUGUAGCGUGUGGAACAUGAUACUUAAAUAUUUCACUCAUUUGAAUUUUAGAGUGACAGAAAAAAAACUAAUAUCCUGUCCAUUCUAAGACGUACUUACACUUGUAAAAAAAAUGAACAAACUACAAUAUUUCCUCUUUUUUUUAAAUCACAAGCAAUGUAUAUAUGAUAGAUUUCAUAUAAAUUUUUGAAAAACAAAAAGUAUAUAGAUCUAUAUAUGAAUGUUUGGCAUAUAUGCAUAGUUAACCACCUGUGGAAAAGGUGAGCAGAUUUUAUUCUUUCUAUGAACUCUUGAACUUUUGAACUCUGAACUAUGAACUAGGGGAUGAUUUGCACAAAACAAGGUGACAAGGUGCUAACAUAAAAGCCACCCAUCAUUCAAGUGCAUGCGUGCAUCUGGAUUCCCCGAAUCUCUGUGAGGUCGUUCCUCUUCAGUGUGUGUUUACAACUGUGUGCAUGUGUAGUUUGUUUCCAUUUUGUGUGUGUGUGUGUGUGUGUGUGUGUGUGUGUGUGUGUAUGUGCGUGUGUGCGUGUGUGUGUGUGUGUGUAUGAGAGAGUGUCAACACAUGAGUGAUACACAUAUGACAGAGCGAGUGUGUGGUUGAUUAUUAGGGUCUCCAUCAUUGACGUGAGUCCACUAUAGCCUUACUGUGUUACCAUCAGAGAUUCCCGGCAGUGGCUGUGUCACACAAACAUACACACAAGACAUGCACACACAUAUACAGGAAAAAAAAUGUACACGUUCGUCUUCAAUUCCACACUGAACAUACUUGUUUUGCAUUCUUGUUUUGUACCGAAGCAGCAUCUUCGAACGUGGUCCGUCCUUCCGCCCAAGAGGAAGGGAGAGAGAGAGAGAUCACCCCGGGAUGCUGAAUGAAAUCCAUCCUAACACUUUAUACUGCAAGACAACCGUUACUCACCUUGUACCUGUGCAGGGGAAACCUACGCAGAGUCAACGGGCCUCGUGCAAGAACACGUUCGUAUUCCUAUCCUCAAUUUCUCCUACCAUUCGUACGAACAGGCCACCUCGGAUUCAUCGAACGCUUCUAUUUUCAGAGAAGUGUCAGUCACGUGCGUAAACAUGAUGAACGGUGUGACAAAUGAACGCCCCCCAAAAUACCAUACAAGGCUUCGCUUCCUGCCCCAUGACGGAAAGAGUUCAAUCAUGAAAUCAGCAUUAAAGAGUUUUAAAAAAGAAGUUAACGAGAUCGGGGAGUGACGUUCUGCUUUCAGACAACCAGAAAUGAAUGUCAUGCACUAAUUUCAGUGAAUUUUAUGUAAAUGACCAACGCCUGCUUGCAUGGUGAACAUCAACAACUCACAUGUCAAGCCAACAACUCCGUUUUUAUAUCAAAUGUAAACAUUGAAUUUAAUCUGUAUGUGUAUAAUUGGUCCACCGAAAUUCUGUUCAUAGGCCACUUGACAGAAACCUCAAAAUACGAGAAAACCGGGGACUGCGGGAAGUUCUCCUAAAUCACUCUUACGCACAGAGUGAGAACAAAUCUGUUCGUACGAACGGUUCUUGCGCGAGGCCCAUUCUUUUUUAAACCCAUUUCCCAGAUGGCAUUUGCGCUCCUUUACCCUCCACUCUGUCCGGCAGCACUCCUUUUUCCUUUUUCAGACAUUCGGUUUCUGGGUUUUUUAGGAUAUGCUAUAUGAGGUGACCCAGUGAGGAAAAAACACCACAAAGACAAAAAAAUGUGCCAAAAAAUAACUUUUAACUGUAUAUUAUUCUUUGCUUUAGGACUAUCUUAGUUACAGCAUUUCUUGAGCUGUGAAGACUCAAUAAUAUGGUGCCAUCUCCUGGAAAUCUUGAGAACUACAGACAUUUGUGAGAUCCUUCUGUAUUUCCUACAGGGGGAAAUACAGUCAUUGUUAUUCUUUUGUGAAGAAGCAGGGAGUAUAUAUACAUAUACACCUGUGAGCUUUGCAUCAACAUCAUUUCAAUUUCCAUUUUGAGACAAAUUAUCACAAUGGCUUGACUUUACUGUGAUGAAGGUUAUGAUCCAGCUUGACGUACUGUUCCCCUAUGAAUGCAAAUAGCAGAUGAAACACCAACACUUGCGAGGUGAACGUGUGCAGUCUGGACUCUCACAGGCUCAGAGGAAGCGAUGCUGUAGUGAAAACUUGGUUUUGAUUUGUUGUGCAAGUUUUACCAAAAUUACAGAUGCAACAUGAGCUACGUGUAACAGUCAUUACACAUCAUUAGGUCAAACAAGUUCAGUGAGGGUUUAUCUUUGUCUUAUUUUCUAAUCAACAAAGCACAAUCUACAUAGUGUAGGGGAGCAGUGUAACCUUUUAAAAAAAAUAAUAAUAAAACCACUGGGGUUCGGUCACCCACUGGAACCAGUGACCUUAUCAUGAAAGGGUUUUUUUCUUUCAUUGUUGGUUUUCUCCUUGUUUGCACUGUGAAGUUUAGAAUGGUGGAUGUAUCACUGCAACACCUCAGCCUUGUCUCACAGGUGUAACGUCCCCUUCUCAGCAUCCGAUGACCAGGCAAAUGAUCUACGACAUCUGGACGCACACAGCGGUUUGACAAAAUCCCUCAAAUUUUAAACAUACGAAAACACAAGUGGGCGAAAAGGCUUACGAGUAAUGCUCCGAGAAAAGGGCGACAGUGAAGUCUGAGGCAAGAUCUGAGAUGUUGCCCAGGAUAUCUCCACCACAGAGAUAUGUUUGUUAUAUUAUGUAAUAAAUUUAUAAUUAAAACAUGAA